GUUGCCUUUUCCACAUGUGAAAAUAGCAGAGUACUUUGAAAAGCGAGGAGGUUGUUGGAGUGUGGUUGGUAUUGGAAAGAUUGGCAGUACUGGAGACGGAUUAACAGAAACCGGAGAGCGGCGAUUUCUGAACAGAAGUCGGAUCCGUCUGACGUUGCUGAAGGUUUCACCACUUCACUGAGCGUUGCAACCCACGUGCAUUAUUAAGUACAACAGUAAGAAUUCGUUUAGAUAUUAUGUGUGACGAUGGAGGCGAAGGAGCACAAGAAGCACCAGAAGAAGCAGAGUGGCCCCAAGGCGGCCAAGAAGAAGAACAGGAAAAAGCAGGAGGAUGGAGUGGAGCCGGAGAAGGAUGAGAGGAAGAGGAACCCCAAGGCCUUUGGGGUACAGUCCGUUGUCCGCAUGGCCAGGACCUUCCACAGGACCCAGGAUCUUAAGACCAAGAAGCAUCACAUUCCACUGGUGGACCGUAUGCCCCUGGAGCCACCCCCUGUUGUGGUGGUGGUGGUAGGACCCCCACGCGUUGGCAAGAGCACCUUGAUCCGCUGCCUGAUUAAAAACUUCACCCGGCAAAAACUCAGUGACAUCUGUGGCCCCAUCACGAUCGUGUCUGGAAAGAAAAGGCGCCUCACGUUUGUGGAGUGUGGCAGUGACAUCAACACCAUGAUCGACCUGGCCAAAGUGGCAGACCUGGUCCUGAUGCUCAUAGAUGCCAGUUUUGGCUUCGAGAUGGAGACUUUCGAGUUCCUCAACAUCUGCCAGGUCCAUGGGUUUCCUCGCAUCAUGGGCGUCCUCACACACCUGGACUCCUUCAAGAACAACAAGCAGCUGCGCAAGACCAAGAAACGCCUCAAACAUCGUUUCUGGACUGAGGUUUACCAGGGUGCCAAGCUGUUCUACCUGUCUGGGAUGGUGCACGGGGAGUAUCAGAAGCAGGAGGUGCGCAAUCUGGGCCGCUUCAUCUCCGUGAUGAAGUUCCGCCCUCUGGUGUGGCAGACCUCCCACCCGUACGUGCUGGCAGACCGCAUGGAGGACCUGACAGACCCUGAGACUCUGAGAGUGGACCCUAAGUGUGACCGCAGAGUGUGCCUCUACGGCUACCUGCGAGGGACAUACAUGAAGAACCAAAGCCAGGUUCACAUCCCAGGAGUGGGGGACUACACGGUGGCCGAUGUGAGCUUCCUGCCCGACCCCUGCCCUUUGCCCGAGGAGCAGAAGAAGCGGGCCCUCAACGAGAAGGAGAGGCUGCUGUACGCACCGCUGUCGGGCGUGGGGGGGGUGGUGUACGACAAGGACGCUGUCUACAUCGACCUUGGAGGCAGCCAUGCUGCCGAGGAGCAGGACGAGCCCCGGCCCACCACAGAGCUGGUGCAGUCUCUCAUCAGCACUCAUGCCACCCUAGAUGCCAAGAUGGCUGCCAGUAAGGUGUCUUUGUUCACGGGCACUGCGGCACUGACGCCAGGGGAGGUCCAGGAGACCGGAGAAAGCCAGGGACCCUCAGAGAGCAGAGUGUGGGAUCCCCAGGCGCAGAGAGAGCGGAGGAAAGCUGUGUUUGCCGACGAAGAAGAGGAUGAAGGUGAUGUGAGUGACGAGGAUGGAGAGAGCGAGGAAGAGGAGGGCGGCACCGAAGAAGAGAGCGAGGAAGAGAAUGAGGAAGGGGAAGAUGGAAAGGACCAAGAUGAUGGCAGAAGAGUAGAGAAAAAGACACGAGAGAAAGGCGCCCCAGUCCCUCUCAAGAGACGACGAGUGGAGGAGGAGGAAGAGAAGGGUGGGGUUGAGAUCCCAGCUUUCGCCGACAGCGAGGAUGAGCUAGAACUCAGUGAGGGUGAGGAGGAGGAGAGUGAUGAGGAUGAAGGUAAUGAAGAGGAGGAGGGGAGUGAGGGGGAUGAAGAGGAGGAGAGUGAAGAGGAGGGAGAGAGCGAAGGUGAUGAAGAGGGAGAGGAGGCCAACGAGACUGAAGGAAGCAGUGAUGCUGACACGGGGGGCCUGAGGCUGGCUGACUCUGGACACUGCUCAGAGGAGGAAGAGGAGUCGGAGACUGAAGAGGAAGGCCCUGUUGCUAAAAAAACCGACAGCAGUGUUCAGGAGUCAAAAACGAAGCCCCAGAAGGAGACGCAGGAAAACAUGGAAGUGGAUGGAGAGCUGUGCUUUGAAACCGAAGGUGCUUUGCGGUGGAAGGAGGGGCUGGCACAGAAGGCAGCAGAAGCCUUUCUGCGGCAGCAGCGCACCACACCCAACCUGCGCAAGCUGGUGUAUGGCACAGUGGCAGCUAAAGAGAUAAAGGAUGAGGAAGAGGAGGAAGAAGAGCUGGGUGGUCUUUUCCGCGUCAGUCGCCCCGAGACAAGCAAGAAACGGCAGGCAGAUGGGCUGGACUGUUCACGAUACCCCCCGGAUGGCAUUCACAACUGGGACCAGGAGGAGAUGCUGGAGUCUAUCAGGGAUUGUUUUGUGACAGGCAAGUGGGAGGCAGAGAAGGACGCCUCCACACUUCUGAAGGAGGACGAGGAGAUGUACGGAGACUUUGAAGACUUGGAGACAGGGGAGGUGCACAAAGGACAGCCUGAGAAGAUGGAGGACCAGAGUGAGGAGAGUGGAGAGGAGGAGGAGGAGGAGGAGGAGGAGGAGGAAGGAAAGGGGGCUGAUGAAGAAGAGGAGAAGCAGAAAGCCCGUCUGGAGAAGAAGCGGCGACUGAAGGAGCGGUUCAACUCGGAGUAUGAUGAGGGAGACGCCACCUACUUUGAUGACCUCAAGGAAGAGAUGCAGAGGCAGGCACAGCUGAACCGGGCUGAGUUUGAGGACUUGGACGAUGAGUUGAGGGUUCAGUACGAGGGUUUCCGGCCUGGGAUGUAUGUGCGUCUUGAAAUCACUGGUCUUCCCUGUGAAUUCGUCAUGAACUUUGACCCCCACUAUCCCGUUAUCCUUGGAGGUCUGUGGGCCAGCGAGGGAAAUGUAGGCUACCUGCAAAUGCGUCUGAAGAAGCACCGCUGGUACGAUCGCAUCCUGAAGACACGGGACCCGCUGAUCCUGUCUCUGGGCUGGCGCCGCUUCCAGACCAUCCCGCUGUACCACAUCGAAGACCACAAUGGCCGACACCGCCUGCUCAAGUACACCCCGAUGCAUAUGCACUGCGGAGCCACCAUCUGGGGGCCCAUCACCCCACAGGGAACUGGCUUCCUGGCAGUCCAGUCUGUAGCAGGCACUCAGGCCAGCUUCCGCAUCGCUGCCACAGGGGUAGUGCUGGACCUGGAUAAAUCAGUGACCAUUGUCAAGAAGCUCAAGCUCAUUGGCUACCCAUACAAGAUCUUCAAGAACACAGCUUUCAUCAAGGGGAUGUUCAACACUGUGCUGGAGGUGGCAAAGUUUGAGGGGGCGUCUCUGCGGACGGUCAGUGGGGUGCGUGGACAGAUCAAGAAGGCCUUAAGGACGCCGCUUGGAGCCUUCAGGGCCACCUUUGAGGACAGGCUGCUGAUGAGUGACAUUGUGUUCCUGCGAUCGUGGUUCCCUGUGUCCGUCCCUCAGCUCUACAACCCCGUGACCUCCCUGCUGUGCCCCGUGGGACAGAAGGACACCUGGAGUGGGAUGAAAACUGUGGGCCAGCUGAGGCACGAGCUGGGCCUUCGCCGCAAGCCUGAUAAGGACUCCCUGUACAAGCCGGUGGUGAGAAUGAAGAGACACUUCAACCCCCUGCACAUCCCCAAACAACUGCAGAAGGCGCUACCCUUCAAGAGCAAGCCCAAACAGUUCCAGCAUAAGGGCAAGGUUCCUCGGGACCUCCAGAGGCCAGCUGUCAUUAAGGAGCCCCACGAAAGGAAGGUGGCCGCCCUGCUCAAUGCUCUGAGCACUGUCCAUGGCUACAAGCAGAAGAGGGCUCGCUCCAAGCAGCACCAGAAGCACAAGGAGUUCCUGAAGCAGAAGGAGCAGGAGGAAGUGGACAAGCUGAAGAGGCAGAAGGAGGCACACAAGAAGAUGUACCGCACAAUGGGCCAGAAGGAGAAAAAGCAGCAGAAAUCGAGCCUGAGGGGGGCGGCUAAGGAUGAUUGAACCAGAGAGGGAGGUGGCUCUCCUUAAAGGGCUGGUGGAUGCCACAGCCUAGAGCUCACACCCCAGCCCUGCAAACCCGCUCUCUCUUCACCUGUAACUGUACGGUGGCACAGCACUCCCACUCAAACAGAAAGAGGAUAUUUCCUGCCCCUGGGAGCGCUGGCCUUUUGGGAAUAUGUACCAUGUUUACUUUGCAGGAAGUUUUAUUUAUUAUAACCUCCUAGCAGGGAUUCUGUCUUAAAUCUGCUCUCUGUUUUUUAAAGGGAAUACAUAGCUGUUCCUGGGGACUUUGGAGUCUGUGAUCUAAAAACAAUAAAGAGCACAGUUCCCAAGAUACUGUAUGGUUUAUAAGAUACAUAGGAUUUAAAAGAACAUUUUCUGCUGCCCUGUAUGAUUUUGACAGUAAGUCUGUGUGAUGUGUGACAGUAUCAACUCCAUGAUGGAAAAAAUGCAGACAACAAUUCUGGACUUCAUUGUGAAAUGCAAUCAAUAAUUACCUCUAAUGAAGCUCACAGGGAAUGUCAGUUAUCAAUUGCAAUGCAAAGAGGGUUGUCUCUUGCUUUGUGUAAUAAAUGGUGUUUUCUUUUUCA